AUGGCAACUGGUUUAUCUCUCUUUUCUCUUAGCGGGCGCACUGCCCUCAUCACCGGUGGCACUCGCGGCAUUGGCCAGGCUAUGGCCUUUGCCCUGGCGGAGGCUGGGGCCGAUAUCAUUCUGGUGCAAAGAGACGCCUCCAAUACGGCUACGAAGGAGGAAAUUGAGAGCCGAAUUGGUCGCAAAGUACACAUUCACGUCGCGGAGCUGUCUGAUCGUAAGGCCGUUAAGAAUAUCGUCCCGGCAGUGACAAGCCAAGGAUUCAAGCCCGAUAUUCUCUUGAACUGCGCCGGUAUCCAAAGGCGACACCCGAGUCACCAGUUCCCAGAUGAGGACUGGGAUGAGGUCAUCGAAGUCAAUCUCUCUUCAGUCUUCGUCCUCUGUCGUGAAUUUGGCGCAUAUUUGCUUUCUCGGGACGUAUCCGAGUUUCCAUCCGGCCAUCGCGGAAAUAUCAUCAAUGUCGCAUCCCUCCUUACCUUCCAGGGUGGCAUCACUGUCCCUGCCUAUGCGGCUUCCAAGGGUGGUAUCGGCCAGCUGACCAAGGCUCUUUCCAAUGAGUGGGUGUCCAAGGGUAUCAACGUCAAUGCCAUUGCGCCCGGCUACAUUGACACCGACAUGAAUGUUGCGCUGAUCAACGAUUCCAACCGCAAUGCCGGUAUCAUGGCUCGUAUUCCCGCCGGUCGUGGCUCCAGCAGCUACGUUUCGGGAGAAUUGAUUACCGUCGACGGUGGCUGGAUGGGCCGGUAA